AUGGAAGGAAUAAAUAAAAUAGUCUCAGGACAGCUUCUGGCUCUUUCUGAACAGCAACUCAUAUCCUGCGAUCAGAAAAGCAAAGGUUGCAAGGGAGGUGGGUGGUACGUUAACGCAUUUCGAUAUGUCAACAACAAUAACGGUAUUGCAUCAGAGAAGGAUUAUCCAUAUACAGCUGACAACAGUGUUUGCAAUAACGCAUUGCCACAAAAGAAAUCUGCUACUAUUGAGGGCUAUACUUAUUGGUGUCACAAUCCUGUGUCCGAAAGUUCUCUUCGUUGCUUAGUUUUCCAGCAACCUGUUAGUGUUUCCCUAUUUGCGAGCCGAGAUUUUCAGUUGUAUAAUGGUGCAAUAUUUAAGGGGGGAUUGCUCCGGAAUUGA